AGGAACGAUUGUGUCUGUGUAUCUACAUACAUAUACAUACAUACAGGGAAAUGUCUCUGCAUAAAUAACGCAUUUUGCUUAAAAAUGGCGUCGCUUAUCUGUGCCGUGCCCAGGACCCGUGAGGCCUUGUUGUAUUCAAUACUAUUAUCGUCUCGCUUCAACAACAAUCCCACUCCAAAACUCAAAUCAUUUUCCAUUCAACUCUCAAUUGUUCCUCAACCUCAUCGCCAUUGUCCUUGCAGUAGUAGUAGUAGUAGUAACGGAGGAGGAGUAGUAGGUGUUUCUGUUGGUAAAGAAGAGGGACAACUACUCACAAGCCCCCAGCUCGUCGCCUUAGAAUAUUCCGACCUCAAUCUCUCUCACAAUUUUUCCCAGGACUUGGGUCAUGUUCGAAUUAGGCAACAUGUGAACCCUCUUUGUGCGUCACUCUCGGUGCCGGCACCAGUUCCAGACUGGAGUGAAGUAUAUAGGGACUCGACAUUGCCACUUAUGUUGACUUGA